CAUGAAAUGGUACGAAUAGGACCGAGGAUGUCACCAGAUUACUAUUUUACUCCAAUGAGUUUCAGUCGACUGAUUUUAGUCAAUUGCCUCCACGAUAGCUCCUUUUAAACAAACCCUGACAUCUUAGGAAGAGGACUAAUUGAAAUGAACUUAAAACCGGAAUCGUCUCAUGCAAAUGACUCAACGAACGACAAUUUAAGCAACCAUGAAGGCGACAUACGAUCAGAGUCGGUAUGCAAAGUGUGCGGAGAUGUGGCGACUGGCAAACACUACAGUGUUUUGUCUUGUGAAGGAUGCAAGGGAUUCUUCAAGCGCACAAUCCAAAUGAAACUGGCUUACAAUUGCAGACAGAAUUCUCCGACAUUGGACAAACCAACGUUAGUUGUUGUAAAUGGAGUCACAAGGUGUGUAAUAGACCACUCUACUCGGAACAGUUGUCGCAAAUGUAGAUUCGAUGCGUGUAUAUCCACUGGAAUGAACCCAGGCCUAAUUAGGAACGACAAUUACGUGUCGAGAGCUAAAAAGCGAAGAAUGACGAGGUUAAUUUCAAGUCAUGCUUCCCGAUCUUAUGCUUCGAAGCAUUCAACCAGACAAGCAUCAACUAAUGAAACCGCAACUGUACCUGAAAACAUGUAUUUUCUAACCGCAGAAGACGACCAGUUAAUUGAGCAUUUGACCCACAUCGAAGCGGACAAGAUCCCGCCAGGUACGCCAGAGGGUCCAGUGGAUGAUCAGCUUCUCGGAACUACGGAGCAAGGACUGGCUUUCAUGUUUCAGGCGGUCUACGGGGAGCUACGGGAUAUCGUGAAGUGGGCAGGUAAUGUGCCUGGGUUCACAGAUAUCCCAACUAAUGACAAAAUGGCGCUGAUAAAAAAUUGCUUCCCAGAAAUUAUAAUAUUUAGACUGGCAUGGAGAUCGCUGCCGUAUGAAAACCAAUUCAGACUCACUGAUUCGAAAUUUGUGAGUAAAGAAGAGACCAUUGAACUCGGCAUAGAUAGAGAUCUAGUAGCGCGAAACUUGUUUUUCAUCCAAAAUACCAGAGAAGUAUCGCUGAGCAAGGUAGAAUUUUGUUUAAUUCAGGCGAUUCUGUUGACUUUUGCCAGGUGUCCAAAUAUUGACCCCAGUAGCCAAAAUACAGCCUCGCUUAUCCAAAGCAGAGUAAUGCAGUGCUUGAAACGGUAUGUUAAGUCAAAAUUCCCAAACGAUGGUCCUAGAUUUUGCAAAUUGGUGCAGUUAUUAUCGUCUAUCAAAUCAGUCAGUUUGAAAGCAUUGGACGCUUGCUCGUCAUUCGAGGCUGCGGGAGGCAUCAAUGUUAAUUUUUUUAGCUCCAUAACAGGUCAUAUUAGUACUUAAUAAAACAAACUGCCAAAUUUAUUGAUAUUAUACGCUUUUGUAAAUUAUUAUCCCUUCUCAUAGAACAGAAAACUUUAAAUUAA